AUGGAUGCAGACUUUUUGAAGGAACUUUUUGUUAGGAUUAGUAAUCCAGGGGAAAACGAAACAAAGAAUGACCCAUGCUUAAGGUUUAACAGUUCAAACAGUACUCAAAUACCAUGCAAUGACAACGAUUUUUUUCUCAGUUUUGGGGAGUUAAACAAUUCAACUGAGAUCAGCCACGAAGGACUAGUUUUCUUCACCUAUUUUACACCUAUUAUAUUCAUCGUAGGAAUUGUGGGAAACGUUUUAUCACUAAUGGUAUUUGUUACCAAAAACAUGAGAAAAUUAUCAGCUAGUGUCUAUUUAGCUGCUCUGUCGACAGCAGAUCUUCUAGCUUUGAUAUUUUUUGUUCUCAUUGAAUGGGUGAAGCGUGGAUUACGUGAGGAAUUCCGUAGCAACAUUGCAGAAUUUUUAGACGUCAAUGGAAUUUGUCAACUUACAAUUUUCUUGUCAUACGCCUCUCGAUUUCUCUCAACAUGGCUGGUGGCAAGUUUUACUUUGGAACGGUACAUAGGAAUAUGUCAUCCACUCAAACGAAGGGGCAUAUGUGAUAUUAAUUCGUCAAAGAAAAUUGUUGUAAUUUUAGUGCUGAUAUCAAUAUUCAUUUCCUCAAUAAGGCCUUGGCUAAAUGAAGUUCGCCAUAUUGGACCUGAUCAAACCCCAUGGUGUCUCCCGAAAACAGACCUUGUGACGGUUUCAUUUAUUUACGAUUGCGUAUUUGCAGUGUGUAUAACAUUCCUACCGUUUUUUGUCAUAACAACUCUUAACAUACUGAUAAUUCGUACAUUGAUAGAAAGGAGCAGACAACAUCGGAAAUGCAAUUUUAUUACUGAAGAAAGCAUCAUUCGGUUUGAGUUUACUGUAAUACUUAUAACAAUUUCGAUUUGUUUUAUUGCUUUUAACUCACCUUACGCUGUUGUAUGGUUUAAGCAGUUUCACCAAACAAGAACGAAAACAUUUUCAUCAGGUAGUAAAGUAGAUACCUUGCAAAACAUACUAUUCUUUACCAAGACUGCAUAUUUUUUGAACUAUUGUAUAAAUUUCUUUCUCUAUUCUGUAACGGGUGCGUACUUCAGAAAAGAAUUGAAGGCUUUCUUUACUUAUAGACGUAAGGUAAACGAAAGUUAUCAAAGAUGCUCAGUUCAAAAUUCACACCAAUCCAGCUCAACACCAAACUCGUGGAUGUAAUCAUAUAUUAUGUGUAACUCACACUUUUCCAGUUAAAGACCAAACAGGUGGAUGUAGGCGUGUAUCAUGUGUAAU